AUGGGCGCGAAGUGCCGGCUGCAUCCGCGACCUGGAACCCGAUCAAGGGUGCUUUUCCUUGCAGCGGUCUGCCUGGUGAUGCCUCCCUACCUCUCAGUCCCUCUCUUGCCCCUUCAGUCUCAGGAUGUGGUGCCUCUUCAACCUUCCAAUCCAGUCACCCAGAAUUCAGAACCGUCCACUGUGGGUGGUUCUUCAAAUUUGGAAAGGAAGUUCUAUGUCAUCCAUGCUCUGGUAGGGGAUGGGGACCGUCCUAACUCAGAUGGGCCCUCGGUCUGCGCAUGUUCCCACCGAAGCCGGCGCUACCACCUAGGCCCACCCCACCACUCCUCAGCUGAAGCUCAUCUCAAUUACCUGCAGCCCUCCAACAGGGCGGCCGGCUCUUUAUCCCCAGGAUACGCAGAGCUUCAUCAUCACCGUCACAAAACCAUCGCGUCGUGCCCACACGUGCACGCGUCCUAUGGAACGCUGUGGCCGAGGCGGCAUGGCUCCGGACAGAGGCCGCGGCAGAAGCCCAGGACAGGGAGCCAGGCGGCGGCUCCCGGCCCCGGUACCGUCGGAGCCCGCCGCUUCCCGCUUUGUCUCUACCUGGUGGGAUUCCUGGUCUUACCUCGUCAGGCUGUAGACGGCACAUGGGUCUCCUUCCUUGACUCCGGGAGGAGUUUCACAUUAUUUAACAGGUACUGCUUUGCUCAGGAUUUGUUUGGUGUAAGCACGGUCGUCCCUUUGCUGAGCCCUCGUGUCAGGUCUCUAGGAGCGGGUCCAACAGUCGCUGGGAUAGUAGGCUCCUCCUGUGGCGUUUUGCAGUUCUUUUGCAGCACAUUGGUGGGCUGCUGGAGUGAUGUCGUCGGAAGAUGGUCUUCCUUGCUGGUGUGCACCCUGUGCAGUGCCCUGGGCUAUGUUAUUCUUGGAGCAGCUACCAACGUGUUCCUGUUUGCCCUGGCUAGAGCCCCUGAGGGUGAGUUCUCGCCCUGUGCCUGGGUUUUCGUUCAGAAUCAGAGAGCCUGUCCCCGCUCGGCAGUGCCUCUUUGUAUCAUCUCAGAAGUAAGCACAGACUUCCUGCAAGACCUUCCUCUCGGGAAGCAUCUUCUAGCUCAGUCUUUUCUCACGUUUAAGGAAACAGAUCUAGCGCGAGUCCAGCUACACGAUUCCAAAAGGCAUUUACAGGUCUGCUCCCCAGAGGCUGGUUUUCAGGUGCAUGCCCGCUCUAAUUUUGAGGCAAAGCUGGGAAUGGAGCCCAGGACGAACGUGCUUACACACAUGUGGGCACAGAGAUUCGCAGGAGAUCCCCGGAAACCCCUGUGCCACGAAGCAGUCAGGAGCAAUUCAGGCAAAACCUCCAGCAGCGUCGUUAGUCGGGCCUGCUGUGUAUCGAUCAAGGUGGUGGGCGACCUGUGUUAUCAGAAUCCCUCGGUCCACCAGGCAGUGCACGAAUCCGGUGCCUUGUUAGCAGGCCUCCUGCGGCCGUUUCCGUGCGGUGAAGUAGAACUCGGGAGUCCAGAGGAUGACCCGCCGUGGGGCAGGAACCGGGCACGCCGGGGCAGGACAGACUCUGCGGCGCGGGCGGCGGCCAGGCGGCCCCGGGCGGCAGUUGGGGCCACCCUGCGGGGCCUCGAGGGCCUGGCGCGCUCCGCCCUGCGGGACGUGUUCCUGGCGCACCUGCUGACGGCCGCGGCCGCCGUGCUGUACCACGGGAACUUCGUCCUGGCCCUGGAGGAGCGCUUCGGGGUGAGGCCCAGGGCGGUGGGCUGCCUCAUCGGCUGCAGCGGCGCCCCGGGGGUCCCGGCCGGCUUCGCCCUGGGCCUCCUGCAGCUGUACGGGCACCGCCCCCGGCACCUCCUGCUGCACUCGGGCGCGCUCACCUGCGCGCCGCUGCUGUUCUUCGCCGCGGCCCGCGGCCUGGGCCGCGUGGCCGCCUGCUCCACGCUCCUGUCCUCCUCCACCGCCGUCCGCGGGGCCUGCAUCACCGACCUCCGGCUGACCGCGGGCGCCCGGGCCGGCGGCUCCCUGCCGGGCAUGGGGCAGUCCGUGACGGCCGUGGGCCGGGUCCGACCCCUCCUCUCCGGGGUGGCCCAAGAGGUCAGCCCCUGCGGUCCCCCAGGGCUGGGGGCAGCCUUAGCCUUCGUGGCCGUUGUCAUCAUGUCACUAAACAGACCUCGCGCUGCGGGUGAUGGCGCCGAGGAGUUAAAAAGGGAGUAGGUGGAUCGGGACAAGGGACCAGCAGCGUCCCAUCCCUGGAGCUCCUCAGACAUGCAGACACGCCCACCUCACGCCUGCGGGGGCCACUUUCACGAGACACCCAGGUGCUUUGUUUGCACAGUAAAGUCUGAAAACCACCAGUCUGAUGGACAGUAUUUGUAGAGUUGAAGGUAUAUGACCUCAGGGAAGUUAAAUCUGCU